AUGCCUGUUGAUAUGCGAGAUCAAUUGCAUGAAGCCAUUCCAGAGUCACUCAAGAACAUCAUACUCGUUAUGAACGCCACAGGUCUGUUGGUACCGCCUUUGGAGCCUGACGAGCGAAAUGAACGGCAGAAAUCCCUGUGGGUGGCCACUCAGGAGAGAAUCGAGCGUUUCCUACCAGGAUUCCUGAUAGAAGUACUCUCCGCGCCCACAUCCCCGCGGACACGUCCGCUUUCACAGAUCUUGCAAUCAGCCGGCGCAUCGGUGCCCGCAUCACCUGUGCCCUCGUAGGACUCCGUAUAUCCCUUCGCAUCG